GACAGCCUAACAAUUCAAUAGAUCAACACGCGCGAGAGGCGCGAACGAGAGGCGCUUCCCACCGGGCACUCCUCCACCAGGCGUGAGAGGCGCUAACGAGAGCCACAAACUCUGCUCCGCGUGCACGCCGCGCUCCAUGGCCGCCGCCCCAGCAGCAGCCGGAGGCCUUAUGCAGCUCCAGCCUCCGCUAUGCGUGUCGCCUCGCGCCAGCGCUUCUUGCGCACCAAGCAUCUGGGGGGCCCUGCCCCAGCUUCGCCGCCGCCGGGCCCUGGCGCGCGCGGCGUCGUCGGUAGCGGCCGGGGAGGCUGAGGCGUACACGGAACCCGAGCUGGUGUUGCUGGAGGCCCUCCUCGGCAUCCAGGGCCGCGGCCGCGCCGUCGCUCCGCGCCAGCUCCAGGAAGUGGAGAGCGCUGUGCAGGCUCUCGAGACCCAGGGAGGCAUUCCUGAUCCGACAAGUUCAAGUUUAAUCGAAGGUAGCUGGCGGCUCAUCUUCACUACGAGACCAGGGACAGCAUCGCCCAUUCAGAGGACAUUUGUUGGAGUUGACUCUUUCCGUAUCUUCCAGGAAGUUUAUCUUCGAACAGAUGAUCCAAGGGUGGUCAAUGUUGUCAAGUUUUCAGAAUCAGUUGGUGAUCUGAAAGUAGAGGCAGAAGCAACUAUUAAGGAUGGAAAGCGCAUACUUUUCCGUUUUGACCGAGCAGCAUUUGCCUUCAAGUUUCUGCCAUUUAAAGUUCCAUACCCAGUGCCAUUUAGACUUCUUGGAGAUGAAGCUAAUGGUUGGCUUGACACAACGUACUUGUCCCACACUGGGAACAUACGAAUUUCAAGGGGAAACAAGGGAACCACUUUUGUCCUACAGAAGAGUGCAGACCCAAGACAAAUCUUAUUGUCAGCUAUAUCUGCAAGAACAGGAGUAGAAGAGGUCAUCAAUGAUUUUAUUUCAAGCCAAAAUGGAACAAAGGCUGAUCUAAGCAUUCUGGUGGGUGAAUGGCAACUAUUGUGGUGCUCACAGACUGAAGGUGAAAGUUGGUCAUCUGUUGCAUCUGCCGGUCUCAAGGACUUCCAGAUUAUAAGAGAAGAUGGGAAAUUAAAGAAUUCAGCUAGCCCCUUCCCAGGUCUCACUCUUAAUGCAACAGGCAACAUAUGCAAAAAUGGGAGUGGAAACACCUUUACCAUGUCCAUGAAAGAAGGAGCUGUUAAAGUUGGUGGUUUACAGUUUCCCUUGGAUGCUCAAGGAGAAUUUGUGAUGGAAAUCUUGUAUGGCAUUCACGUCUUCCUGAAAUUGAAAUAUGAAGCUUAUACUUAGGAAAAUGUUGGUUGCUGGUAUAUCGACAACAAGAUAAGGAUAUCCAGGAUUAACCAGCACAUGCUUGUCCAUUUACGCAUUGCGAAUACAACAUGACACCUUAAUGAAGACUAUGUGAACAUAUAUCCUAAUUUCAUUGCUGAGCACACCUCAUCAGAUGUGACUAGGUCAUGCGACAUAAUUUUAAAUUUACUGGUGUAUAGCUAACAUUUUAGCACAAAAUUUUCUACAUAGUUUUCUUGUACUCAAACCGUUUUCUCACAAACAUAUGGAACCACAGUUGAGCAGUUUGUAUGGCAACAUUCUGUAAAUGCCUGUUUGAAACCAGAUCCGAUUUCUCAGGGGAUUUCUUAUGUAACUUCAGAGUUCCUAGAAGACAUGGGCAGAAAGUAGAUCUCAAAAUGCCCUUGUGCAAUUAACUUUUA